CAGACUAACACGGCUGCUACUCUGAAACCUGUCAGUUUUUAAUGUGACUGUUGUCCCUGCCAAGCCUUUCUCACUCAGGGACAAAUCCGACACUCCGUAUUCAGGCAAAAAUAACCUAUUGGCUUCCGAGGAGCUUUGCCUAAGGACUCCAUGAGUUUGCUAAAGUGGCCAAGGGAAUAAAAGCUCAUUUUUAAAAAAACAAAUUGCAACAUGGCUACAGGCAGCGGUGCUCGAUUACAGCCAGUUGUUUUCUUCCUGAUGCAGCUCUGGUCGGUGAACCGUGGAGGGGGAGAUCUAAUCUACGAAUACAAAAAGAGAAAAAUGCUCCAUAAAAAGCAUGAGCGCAGUCAGGACAAGCUAAAAUUUCAUACAGACAACGACUUGUUUACACUGCUCUAUACGCUACACGCGGAAAUACACACGAACGCUAUGGACCACGGACAGGAACCACAAGGGCCACCAGGAGACAGCAGUCAGGCUCCUUUCAGGACAGCACAGGGAAUCGGGACCAACGCCACAAUGAAGAUGGGAUCAGGUAAUAGGCAGGUAAGUCGGAAUCCUUCUUUGGUCGUCCCACAGGUACCGAUGAUGCGCACAGGCAAACGGAACUGGGCUGCCACUCGGGCGGACAGCACUUGGCGCUGGGCGCACAGUCCUUUGGUAACCUCCCAUCGCCGGGCGGAUUAUUCCAAGUCAUGUGACCAUUUCCUGCUACAAGUUCCCGCCAAACUUCAGAAAAAGCGCCAACUGGGCGAUGAAGAAAGGGAACUAACAUGGAGGGCAAACAACAACUCAGGCAAAACAAAAUGGCGAAACCAGCCAAAACAGUGAAAUUGGCCCUACUGAGAGAGAGGAAGUCCUCUGGCUGCAGUGGGUCUGCCAUCUGACUGGGAAGCAGAUCCCCUAACAGGUGUUCUUUAUUGUAACAGUAUUCAGUUUAAUUGGAAAGAAAAUAGCCUGAUGCCUGACUGAAGUGUGUCGUGCCCCCUGCAUGAGUCUAACAUUCAUUUCCAACUGGGAGAAUCAGGUACAGAGAAGGGCUACUUGGAUGAUCCAAGGAAUGGAAAACCUGUCUUAUGAAAGGAGACUCAAGGAGCUCGGCUUGUUCAGCCUAACCAAAAGAAGGUUGAGGGGAGAUAUG